AUGGCAAUUUCUAACUUUCUAAACCCAAGCGACGAAGAAAGGGAUAUACAAGAUGGGACACCAAGCGAGGACGAGAUUCUACAAGAGGUUAUUGAUGAGCAUCUAGGUCUUCAGCAAACUCAAGAUGAUGAUGAAGAAGAGUUGCAAGAGCGCUCUUUACAUUCUGUGAAGAGCGCUCGUCAAGCACUCCAGGUUCUGAUUGAGUUUACUGAAGAACAAGAGGCUCUUCAAUCGGACUAUUUACGAGGCCUCGAGCGUUUAGAAUUCGCUCUUGAGGCAUUAGAUCAAGAGUCAUGGGUGCAGAUCUGCCUCGGCACGGCCUUCGGCGACUGCUGCUCCGAGUACGGCUACUGCGGCGACACGAGCGGACACUGCGGCGCGGGGUGCCAGAGCGAUUUCGGGACCUGCGAUGCUGUUACGGGUCCACCUGUGUCGACGGACGGCACGUGCAGCUCCCUCAGCACCCCCGAAGGUGCGACGUGCGCUGGUUCGGCGUUCGGCGACUGCUGCUCUGCGAGCGGCUACUGCAGUCACCACAGAUGCAAGGCCUAGUUAAGCAGGCAAAUGGAGUUGUUAAAAAUAAGCUACGAGCGUAAAAAAUGGAUCAUGGGACUACAAAGUGGAAGCUACUUGACGUUACACUUUCAAUGAACACCCAAAUCCACUCUACUACUAGACAAGCCUAGAAGGAUCUCUCAAUUGGAGUUGAGCAGGAAGACAGAACCCAAGCUCCUAUUUUUGAGAGUGAGCUUGAGCCUGAAGCGCAAAUCGGCCCACAGCUCUGAACAGUGGCGUACUCGCCUGAGCUUGAGCUCAAUUCUAAGCCUAGAGCUCAAGUAGAAACUCGAGCUCAAUCUCAGGCAAGAGCUCAGGCCCGAGUUGCACCAGAGCUCAAUUCCAAGCUGAGCUCUGAGCCAGAGCUUAGUUCUGAGCCUAGAGCAUGAGCAGGAACUCGAGCUUGAGCUUAGGCUGAGCCAGAGCUCAGAAUUGAGCUGUUGGGCUCUGAUCUCAGCCCUAAGCCUGAGCCUGAGCCUGAGCCUAAGCCUAAGACUAAGCCCUAAUGUGGGAGCUGGGCUCAAGUGCCACCUUAGCUAGUGUUGUCAAUAGUAUAUGGUUUUUUGGGAAUAUGCCAUAGUAAUUACUAGCAAUACGGUUCUGGCAAUAUCUUGGCAUACUGUGACAAUAUAAUAUACUGCCAAGCCAUAUGGUG